AUGGAAAGUGCGACGGUUACACCGCCAUGUGACUCCUUCCAGAACUCAGAAGAAAAUAAAUCAUUUCAAACAAAGGCACCAAGAAGAUAUGGCAUCUUUCCACCUAUACCAACAAGCGACCCAGGCCCGCCCCCAGACGGAGGUUCCAUAGCAUGGCUCCAGGUUCUGGCGGGUCAUUUAUUGUGCUUUGUAACCUGGGGCCUUAUCACAAGCUUCGGAAUCUUCCAAACCUAUUAUGAAGAAACACUUCAUACAAGCCAUUCAACAGUAUCCUGGAUUGGGACGAUACAAAUCUUCACACUACUACUCGUCGGAACUAUCUCUGGUCGAGCAAGCGACGCUGGAUUCGUGCAUGAAGCAGUUUUGGCUGGAACUUUGCUGAUUGUAGUGGGUCUUUUCAUGGCGAGUUUUUCGACGAAAUACUUUCAAGUUUUCCUGUCUCAGGGAAUAUGCAUUGGCUUGGGAAUGGGAAUUCUUUACAUGCCGGGACUCUCAGUACCAUCCUCAUACUUCAAAGAAAAAAAGUCAUUGGCAGUUGCCAUCAUUGCUUCUGGGGCAGGAUCUGGGGGCUUAGUUUACCCUAUUAUGAUACAGCAUCUUCUUCCUGAAAUUGGUGUGUAUUUCCCCGCGAUCUCAUAUCAGAUGUUUUACUAACAAGCAAAGGGUUUGAAUGGACAAUCAGAUCUAUGGCUUUCGUCACACUUCUCAUUGCCAUCGUAAUAAAUCUCCUUCUUCGAGUCCGAAUUCCUCCCCGAACAUCAGGUCCACUUGUAGACUGGAAAGCAUUCACCGAAAUCCCUUAUACAUUCUUUGUACUUGGGUUCUUUCUCAUUUACUGGGCCGUCUACUUCGCUUUUUACUACGUCUGUUCACUCCCACAUCAUGAUAGUAUACCUGUUGACAUAGUAGCAGGUGGACCUUUACGGUUAUGAGUUCGCCAAUUUCAGUUCCCUGGACUCAAUAAAUAUUCUUCUCAUAGCGAAGGGGAUAGGCAUUCCCGGUCGUAUCAUACCUGGCUUUAUCGUGUUCCGAUGGCUCGGUCCACUUAACACAGCCAUUCCCACCGCAACUGCUGUCGCUAUAGUCUUAUACUGCUGGACUGGAGUAGGCAAUUCACAUAGCGGGCUGUAUGUAUAUGCUGCUUUUCAUGGCUUGGUUGCUUCUUCAAUUCAGUCGCUAUUCGCGGUCUCAUUGGCUGCUUUGACUACAGAUUUAAGUAACCUUGGGACUCGUAUGGGAAUGGUGUUUAGUGUGGCGUUUGCUAGUCUAACUGGCAGUCCAAUUGCGGGUGCGCUAAUUGACAGGAGUGAAGGAGAGUACUUAGGGGCACAGAUCUGGGCAGGAACGAGUAUGCUUUUGGGGGCGGUGGCUUUAAUAGUGGCCAGAGUAGCUCAGACAGGAUGGAAGCUUAUGGAGAAGACCUGA